GGUUCUCCAGGGCUCACAGGCUUAGUUGGACCCAAAGGUAUACGAGGAGUCCCAGGAAUACCUGGAUUUUCAGGUCCACCAGGCCUUCCAGGUGAACCGGGAACUGUUGGUCCCCCUGGGCGCUCGGGUGUUCCAGGAUGCAACGGCACAAAGGGUGAUCGAGGUUUUCCAGGUCCUCCAGGUAGAAGAGGUGCUCCAGGCGUUCCUGGUGUUGCUGGCAUCAAAGGAGAGAAGGGUGCCCAGGGUGCUCAAGGAUAUCCUGGGGAACUUGGACCACACGGCCCUCCAGGAGCUUCAGGCAUGCCAGGGAAAGCAGGGCCUCCUGGACCUAAGGGUCUUAUGGGACUGAAAGUAAUAGGAACCAAAGGAAGAAAGGGUGACACUGGAUUAACUGGACCGCCUGGCCCACCAGGAACUGUUAUUGUGACAUUAAGCGGACCAGACAACAUGACGGACUUGAAAGGAGAGAAAGGAGAAAAAGGAUCGAGAGGACUUCCAGGACCAAUGGGGUUUACAGGACCGGUUGGUGAUUCUCAGAGUGAAAAGGGUGACCGAGGAGAACCCGGAGCACAGGGUAAACCUGGAAAAGAAGGUGCCCCGGGUCCACCUGGCUUACCGGGACAAAGGGGUGAACGGGGCAAACCAGGACUGGCUGGCAGACAAGGAGCUAAGACAGAGUAUUAUGAUAGUGUGGUUGGUGAAAAAGGAGAUGAAGGACCCCCUGGACAUCCAGGACCAAAAGGUCAACGUGGCAUGCCUGGGCCACAGGGUCGUCCCGGAGAUGCUGGUAGACCAGGUGUGACAAGACCUGGUCUGAGAGGUCCCCCAGGAUUUCCUGGGCCAAAAGGAGCAAAAGGAGAGAAAGGACAAACUGGCUUAUGCAUUGUAGGCCCUCCAGGACUACCUGGUAUUACUGGCAGACCUGGUUCUGUUGGAUUACCAGGUCCUCCAGGAGAACCAGGCAGAGUAACAUUUAGAACAAGCCUACCAGGACUUCCUGGAGAGCCAGGAUAUACAGGACCUCCGGGACCUCCAGGAGAUAUUGGCAUGAAAGGUGAUGAAGCUUCCGUGUGUACUGAUUGCAGCUAUAUUCCGGGAAUACCUGGUCUUCCUGGUUCUCCUGGGCCACAUGGACAAGAUGGCAUGCCUGGUAGAGAAGGAGCAACAGGUCCAAAAGGUUCUUCAGGUUCUCCAGGAGCACCAGGGUUUCCAGGAGCUCAAGUAAGACUUGGGAUUAUUUUUCAGAUCCCGCAGAAAUUGUUUCAGAGAAACCUGGUGUUGCUGACUGGUGUUACAUGCAGUGUCAUACCAG